AUGUGCCUGGGGGUCUCCAAGACACAGAUUAACUGGUUCCUUCUGGGGCUGAAACCGGAGCCUCUGCGCCUCUCUUCGCAGCUGACCGUGCACAGGGGCCAAGGGAAGAGAACUGGCACUGCAUGUCUGGGAGGUGUCCUGGGAACAAAGAGGGAGUCUGUCCCAGGGCCUCCUUCACAGGCGCUAAAUUCAUCCAGCAUCGCCUUCCCGCAGGCAGCCCCGCGGGCCCCGUGGGCCUGCCAGCCACUGCCACAAGGAGUUAGUGUCAGAUCUGGGCAGCUCUCCCUGCCUGAUGCGGUGGGCAUUCAGGUCGUCUGUGAGAAUCGGAAACGGAGGCUUCUGUCUCUUGAAAAACAACAUCCUCCCCCACCCCCCACGUGCUCCGUGCCCCCAGGAGGACCCAGGAAGCCAAGAGCUCUCCAGAUGUAUGCUGCUGGGAAGAUAGCGGACUUUCAGACCGAGCGGGCUUACCAAAAGCAGCCCACCAUCUUUCAAAACAAGAAGAGGGUCCUGCUGGGAGAAACUGGCAAGGAGAAGCUCCCCAGGUACAAGAACAUCGGUCUAGGCUUCCAGACACCCAAAGAGGCCAUCGAGGGCACUUACAUAGACAAGAAAUGUCCCUUCACCGGUAACGUCUCCAUCCGGGGUCGGAUCCUGUCUGGUGUGGUGACCAAGAUGAAGAUGCAGAGGACCAUUGUUGUCCGCCGGGACUAUCUCCACUACAUCCGAAAGUACAAUCGGUUCAAGAAACGCCACAAGAACACAUCCGUGCACCUGUCCCCCUUCAAGGACGUACAGAUAGGUGACAUCGUCACUGUGGGUGAGUGCAGGCCCCUGAGCAAGACCAUGCGCUCCAACGCGCUCAAGGUCACCAAGGCCGCCGGCACCAAGAAGCAGUUCCAGAAGUUCUGA